AAGGUUGCCGUCAAAGAGGUCUCUCAGAAAUCCAAAUACUUCCUGACUGGGUUCAUGGAGGUGGCUAUAAUGCUUGACCUAAAUAACACACAUAUCGUCCGGCUGUGCGGCUGGGGUGUUGAAGACCAAAUUCUCUAUAUCAUUACUGAAUUAGUACCCGGUCAAACCCUAUCCUCCUUCGUUCAAAUGGCAAAGUAUAUUGAUUUAAGCACUAUGGGCCUGGAGAAGAUACUAAUGGGCAUUGCACAGGGUUUGCGAUACCUGGAGGCCAGGAAGUUAGUUCAUGGAAAUCUGGCGGCGCAACAUAUCUUCCUGGACAAGGACAAGACUCCAAAGGUUAGUCUUGCAGUUCUCCUAUAUCACUAUACUUCCACAUAUUUUAGUUCUCUGUUUGUCAUCCUUGUAUUCGUGAACGGGAAUCAUCGUGUGGUUGAUAUUUAG